AUGGGAUCACCCACCCCAGGGAUCACUGCCCCACCCCAGGAUGCCUUCACCCCAGGAUCACUGCCCCAUCCAGGGAUCACUGCUUCACCCCAGGAUCACUGCCUCCUCCAUGGGAUCUGCCCCACCCCAGGGAUCACUGCCCACCCCAGGAUCACUGCCUCAGCCCAGGGAUCACUGCCUCACCCCAUGGGAUCUGCCCCACCCCAGGGAUCACUGCCUCACCCCAGGGAUCACUGCUUCACCCCAGGAUCACUGCACCCCAGAGGAUCACUGCCCCACCCCAGGGAUCACUGCUUCACCCCAGGGAUCACUGCCUCCUCAGUCGGUCUCCACACUCCAGGGAUCACUGCCUCACCCCAGGGAUCACCGCCUCACCCAGGGAUCCACCUCACCCAGGAUCACUACCUCACCCAAGAAUCACUGCCUCACCCCAGGGAUCACUGCCUCACCCCAGAUCAUGCCUCACCCCAGGAUCACCGCCUCAUCCCAGGAUCAGCCUCACCCAGGGAAUCACUGCCCGAGGAUCACUGCUUCACCCCAGGAUCACUACUCCACCCCAGGAUCCUGCCCAUCAGGAUCCUGCUUCACCCCAGGAUCACUGCCUCACCCCAGGGAUCACUGCUUCACCCCAGGGAUCCUGCCUCACCCCAGGGAUCACUGCUUCACCCUGGGGAUCACUGCCUCACCCCAGGGAUCACUGCCUCACCCCAGGAAUCUGCCUCACCCCAAGGGAUCACUGCCUCACCCCAGGAUCACUGCCUCGCCCCAGGGAUCACUGCCUGCCCCGGGAUCACUGCCUACCCCGAGGAUUUCUGCCUCCACCCCAAGGAUCACUGCCUCACCCAGGAUCACUGCUUCACCCCAGGAAUCACUGCCUCACCCCAGGAUCACUGCCUCACCCCAGGAUCACUGCCUCACUCCAGAAUCACUGCCUCCCCAGAAUUACUGCCUCACCCAAGGGAUCACUGCCUCCACCCAGGGAUCACUGCUUCACCCAGGGGAUCAUUGCCCACCCCAGGUCCUGCUUCACCCAGGGAUCAUUGCCUCACCCCAGGAAUCACUGCCUCACCCCAGGGAAUUACUGCCUCACCAGGGAUCACUGCCUCACCCCAAGGGAUCACUGCUUACCCCAGGGGAUCAUUGCCUCCCCAGGGAAUCCUGCUUCACCCAGGGGAUGUGCCCCACCCCAGGAAUCACUGCCUCACCCGGGAAUUACUGCCUCACCCCAAGGGAUCACUGCCUCACCCCAAGGGAUCACUGCUUCACCCAGGGGAUCAUUGCCUCACCCCAGGAAUCACUGCCUCACCCAGGGAUCACUGCCUCACCCCGGGAAUCACUGCCUCACCUGAGGGAAUCACUGCCUCACCCCAGGGAUCACCGCCUCACCCCAGGGAUCACCGCCUCACCCCAGGAUCACUGCCUCACCCGAGGGAAUCACUGCCUCACCCCAGGGAUCACUGCCUCACCCCAGGGAUUGCCUCACCCCAGGAUCACCGCCUCACCCCAGGGAUCACUGCCUCACCCCAGGAUCACCGCCUCACCCCAGGAUCACUGCACCCCAGGGAUCACCGCUCACCCCAGGAAUCACUGCUCACCCCAGGAUCACUGCCCCACCCAGGGAUCACUGCCUCACCCGAGGGAAUCACUGCCUCACCCCAGGGAUCACCGCCUACCCCAGGGAUCGCCUCACCCCAGGGAUCACCGCCUCACCCUAGGAAUCACUGCCUCACCCAGGGAUCACUGCCUCACCCCAGGGAUCACUGCCUCACCCGAGGAAUCACUGCCCACCCCAGGAUCACCGCCUCACCCCAGGGAUUACCACCACCCCAGGAAUCACUGGCUCACCCCAGGAUCACUGCCUCACCCCAGGGACUGCCCCACCCCAGGGAUCACUGCCUCACCCCAGGGAUCACUGCCUCACCUGAGGAAUCACUGCCUCACCCAGGAUCACUCGGCUCACCCCAGGAGAUCACUGCCUCACCCCAGGAAUCACUGCCUCACCCCGGGAUCACUGCCUCACCCCAGGAUCACCGCCUCACCCAGGAUCACUGCCUCACCUCAGGGAAUCACUGCCUCACCCCAGGGAUCACUGCCUCACCCCAGGAUCACCGCCUCACCCCAGGAAUCACUGCCUCACCCCAGGGAUCACUGCCUCACCCCAGGGAUCACUGCCUCACCCGAGGGAAUCACUGCUCACCCCAGGAUCACUGCCUCACCCCAGGGAUCACUGCCUCACCCCACCGCCUCACCCUAGGAAUCACUGCCUCACCCCAGGAUCACUGCCUCACCCCAGGGAUCACUGCCUCACCUGAGGGAAUCACUGCCUCACCCCAGGAUCACUCGCUCACCCCAGGAUUACUGCCUCACCCCAGGAAUCACUGCCUCACCCCAGGAUCACUGCCUCACCCCAGGAUCACUCGCCUCACCCCAGGAUCACUGCCCACCCCAGGAUCACUGCCUCACCCGGGGAAUCACUGCUCACCCCAGGGAUCACCGCCUCACCCCAAGGAUCACUGCCUCACCCCAGGGAAUCACUGCCUCACCCCAGGGAUCACUGCCUCACCCCGGGAUCACUGCCUCACCCCAGGAUCACUGCCUCACCUCAGGGAAUCACUGCCUCACCCCAGGAUCACUGCCCACCCCAGGAUCACUGCCUCGCCCCAGGAUCACUGCCUCACCCCAGGAAUUACCGCCACCCCAAGGGAUCACUGCCUCACCCCAGGAUCACUGCCUGGCCCCAGGAUCACUGCCUCACCCCAGGAAUUCACUGCCUCACCCCAAGGAUCACUGCCUCACCCCAGGAAUCACUGCCUCACCCCAGGAUCACUGCUCACCCAGGACCACUGA